AUGGGAAUGUGUUAAACAGCAAAAUUAAAAGAUGUUCAUUAACCUUAAAUAGUUGACAUCUCAUAAAAUGCAAGCUAAAUAUUGUUAGAACAAUAUCCCAUGCCAAAACCAAAAUUAGGAAUGGGAUUUCCUUGUGUUUUAAAAUCCUUUGAAUAGAUUCAAAUUAUACAAGUAACUGAAUCGAUGGCUUAUAAUUUUAUUGUUAGAUUAGGUGUAAAUUAGCAAAAGUAAGUUUAAAAAGAUUUGGAUUAUCAGGGAGUUUUCUUAUACUCUGAAAAAGCCAAAACUAACUUUUUUGAAUAUGGAUUCACUCCAAUCGAUGUUUGCAGACCUGAUAAAAUAAUUGAAGAUAAAAAAUAAUACAAAUUUUUAUUUGAUUUUAAAAAUCUAUGGGUAUUUAGAGAUUAUGGAGAGAAGGUAGAAUCUGUUUUAAAUAUUUUUAAAGAAAUAAAUGUGAAGAUUAAAUAAAUAUAUAGUUUCACAAAACCCCUUAAUAUUUUUAUGGAUUAAUAUUAAAUGUUGAGUGAGAUUAAUAUUUUGAAUAGUUAUUAUCCAUUAUUAUUAUUUGAUUAUAAAGAUGUUUCAGAUGCUACCAAAAGAGGAGAUGAUACUUUCAGAAUCUAUUUACAUAGUGAAGAUGCUUUUGAAAUACUUAUGAAAAGGAAUUAAAUUAGUCUCUAUAAUAGAAAUCUUUAAAUUAGAAAUCUAAUAUUUCUUUAUUAAUGGGUCAAUUUUAGUGAAAUAAAAAAACUAGAAGAAAAUUUAUACAAAGUAACAUGCUAUAAUCUUAUAUAAUAACCUUCUGGAUAAUUUAAUACCCAACAAUUAGUAAAGGAGUUGAUUCCUUAUUUGUAGAAUUUAUAAUAAAUGGGCAGUAAUGUUGUUUUGAUUUAUUCAAGUAAAGAGCCACAAGGAAUGAAAAGUGCAAGAUUUACAAUUGAAUAAUAUAUGGCAAGAGGAUUAUUAAUAUAUCCUGAGGAUAUCUAAAAAUAUAAUGAAUAAUUAAGAUCACUAUACGUUAAACCAGAAUAAUUAACAUAAUAAUUACAAAAGUAAGAUAAUAAUAAAUAAAAAUAAUAAUAGGAAAUAAUUCAAUUGAGUAGAGAAUAAGAAAUAAUCAAUCUAUAUGAUAGUUGGUUAAAAAAGAUAAAAUCUUAAUAAUUAUUAUAGAGUUCUCAUAAUCUAUUUUUAAAGUUAAUCACAAAUAUUAUUGAGAAUUCAAAUGAAGAUAAAUUCAGAACUAUUCAAAAAUCUAAUAAAACUGUUAAUCUAAAUAUACUUUAAUAUGAAGAAGGAAGAUAAAUUAUAUAAUUAAUAGGUUUUACAGAAGGUUAAACUGAUUAUAAAAACAUAUUUGAAAUAGGCUAAUUAAAAAUGGCCAGAGCAGAUAUUGAAAUUGCAUGGAAAAAACAAUUAGAAAAAUCUUUAAAAUGA